AUGGGGUCACUGAAAGACAUCUCAGUCAGUCUGUUAGCAGUAGUCGUCAGCUUCUGUGGGCUUGCCUUGCUGGUAGUCUCACUUUUUGUCUUUUGGAAGUUGUGUUGGCCCUGCUGGAGAAGCAAACCUCUGACUUCCAAUGCCAGUAAUGCCCCCCAGAGCAACUCUAGUGCUCCUACGGAGGUUUUUGAGACCACUGAGAAAAAGGAAGUUAAAGAAAAUGAGAAACCUACAACAAAGGUACUUGAAGCUGCAUUGAAAAUUAGCCACACUUCUCCUGACAUACCAGCAGAGGUCCAGAACGCACUGAAAGAGCAUCUGAUCAGACAUGCACGCAUGCAGAGGCAGAUCACUGAGCCCACAUCGUCAUCAAGGCACAAUUCUUUCAGGAGGCACUUGCCAAGGCAGAUGCAAGUGUCCAGUGUUGAUUUUAACAUGGGGACAGACCCAAUUUUGCAAAGGAGAGAGACGACAACCAGCAUUGGGAGAAUAAAACCGGAACUCUACAAACAGAAGUCUGUGGAUUCUGAUGGGCAACAAGAAGAUGUGAAAACAUGUGGAAAGCUUAACUUCACUCUCCGGUAUGAUUAUGAGAAUGAACUUCUGGCUGUCACAAUUGUCAAAGCCUUAGAUCUGCCUGCUAAAGACUUCACAGGAACAUCCGACCCCUACGUUAAGAUUUAUCUGCUCCCAGACAGGAAAAAGAAGUUUCAGACACGAGUUCACAGAAAGACAUUAAAUCCUGUCUUUGAUGAAACCUUUCAGUUUCCUGUAGCCUAUGAUCAGCUCAGCAACAGGAAAUUGCAUUUCAGUGUUUAUGAUUUUGACAGAUUUUCUAGACAUGACAUGAUUGGGGAAGUUAUUCUUGAUAACCUUUUUGAAGUCUCAGAUCUCUCCAGGGAAGCCAAUGUAUGGAAAGACAUCCACUGUGCCACCACCGAGAGCGUAGAUUUGGGUGAGAUCAUGUUUUCCCUUUGUUAUUUGCCUACCGCCGGGAGAAUGACAUUAACUGUCAUCAAAUGUAGGAAUCUCAAAGCAAUGGACAUAACUGGCGCAUCAGAUCCAUAUGUUAAAGUGUCACUGAUGUGUGAGGGUCGAAGACUGAAAAAGCGGAAAACGACCACAAAGAAGAACACACUCAAUCCCAUUUAUAAUGAGGCCAUCAUCUUUGAUAUCCCUCCAGAGAAUGUGGACCAGGUCAGCCUCUCCAUUGCAGUGAUGGAUUACGAUCGAGUAGGACACAAUGAGGUCAUUGGAGUAUGUCGGACAGGAAUUGAUGCUGAAGGGCUUGGAAGAGAUCAUUGGAAUGAAAUGUUGGCUUACCCACGUAAACCAAUAACACACUGGCAUCCACUAGUAGAGUUACCUGGACGAGCGACCAGUUUUGAUAGCCAGGGAUCUUGUUCAUCACCAAAACCACCACUUACGCCCUAG